AUGGAGAUGGAAGGUACUGCUGAGCCAGCCUUUGUGGAUGUGGACCAGGGCCUGACUUUAGCCUGUGUCGCCUUCCUCUGCUUACUGCUGAUGGCCAUGAUCAUUCGCUGUGCCAAGGUCAUAAUGGACCCAUAUAGUGCGAUUCCUACCUCUACAUGGGAGGAACAGCACUUGGAUGACUAA